AUGGAUGUGUCGAAGAACGAGUUGCAUCUCCUCAGCCUGCCCCUUGAAGUCCGCCUCCAGAUAUACGGCUGGGUCCACGUGGCACAUCCAGUAGAGCACGCGCAGCUCGCGCCGUGGUAUCCGAAUCCAAUACAUAGUGCGUACUUCUUGAGGCCCGUCAACCCCCCCGGAGUGGAAACUGAGGAUUGUGCCGUACCAGGGAAAAUUGUGAAAGCCAUCGGCCAACCUGCAGGAGAAGAGGACGAUUCCGACAGAGACCAAAAGUCCGAAGAGCCAUCGCUGCUAUCACCGAACCGUCCAAUCUCUGGUAUCCCCUCGGCGCUCCUGGAGACCAAUAGGCAAAUUUACAACGAGUGCCGGUCCUACCCCUUCCACACGAACGAGUUCGUCUUUGUCAACUGGUUCUCCUCAGGACUUUGGGCUGCGCGGGCCUUCACGCGCGGUCUGCGGCCAUGGCAGCGGGAUGAGAUGCGGUGGGCGAGGCUCGAGAUGCUCGGGCGGGACUUUACGGGCCCAGCGCUGAAGGAGUGGAUUGAGUUGUGUGAGCAUUGGUCCUUCGGGCUGCGGGGGCUGAGGCUCAAGAUCCUGAUAGGAGGUGGGAUAUUCGAACCCACUGCCCCCUUUUCCGCGCUGAAGAACAAUGCAGAGGCCCAAGCCAUGGGGCUGGGCUCCAAGAUGACACGGCCCGAUCCCAGGCCAGAAUGGAUCGAGGAAGGGCUGCGAAAGCUGCGGGCGUUGAGAAGGCUGGAGGUCGAGCUUUCGGUGCUGGAUUGGGGCGAUGGGGAAAAGCUCGAGUGGUGUGCUGAGCUUGGGAAGAUGCUCAACGUCGGUAAGGAGGGGGAGGACAGCCUCGUCGUGGUGAGGCGCUGCUUAGGUCGAUUGACGACGAAGGAAUUUCUUGUCAAGGCCAUAUUCCCUAAUUCCUGUGUUCUCGUCAAAGAGAUCACAUACAUUCCCCUCAAAGAACAUCGCGAGAACCUUACAUUCACGUCAACUACUCACAAAAUAUCUGUGAAAAUGAACGGUCACAUUAUGCGCGGUCGCUUCCAUCCCCAUUGCCCUGAGUUCAGCAUUGACUAUUCUACUGCUUGGUCUCCUGAGGUCCGCAUUCCGGUUCUUAUCCUCAUCACUCUCUUCUUGAUGUCGAUGAACCCGACUGUCGCCGAUAUCAUUAAGGGUACUGUUUGGAUGGUUGUCAAGCCCAUUGCCCUCCUCAUUGGCUACUUAUCUGUCGCCAUCAUCCGCAUCCUGAUCUUCCUCUUCAUCGAUGGACCCAAGAUGAUCACCAUCCUCAUCACCCCCGACAGACGCGACAGCGUCGACUUCCUUGGCAUCGAUGUUGAGAACAAUACCAAGCUCAACGCCAUCUGGAGCCGUCUCCACACCGAGGAGGAGUGGGUUCCCGGCGGUGUCUUCGACAAGAAGUACAAGCCGUUCCUCCCAGCCCGUAAUAUGAAAAUGGCCGGCCCUCGUCAGAAGAAGGUCAUGACCCGCGAUCGUGGCCUGUCUUGCUAA